AUGAUUGACGAUGAUUAUGUGUGUGUGUUGCUACAGGUGAUCGGAGGUCGCCUCCGUCUGGUGUACGAGGAGUGUGACGACGGCUCUGACGACUUCUGGUGUCACAUGUACAGUCCUCUGAUCCACAGCAUUGGCUGGUCGCGCUCCAUCGGACACAGAUUCAAACGAUCCGAUGUGUCGAAGAAGCUGAAUGUUCAGUUGGACGCUCCUGGACAGGUCUUUGCUAAGGUGAAGGAGGUGGAUCAAAGCGGCUUCUGGUUUGAAGACACGAUGAAACUAGAAGCCAUCGACCCUCUGAACCUGUCCGCCAUCUGCGUGGCCACAGUGAGGAAGGUGCUGGCAGACGGGUAUCUGAUGAUCGGGAUCGACGGCUCCGAGGCGGCUGACGGGUCGGACUGGUUCUGUUAUCACUCCAUGUCUCCAUCCAUCUUCCCUGCUGGGUUCUGUGAGAUCAACAACAUCGAGCUGACGCCCCCCAGAG